GUUGAAUCGCUGACGUCAGACGACGGCCAUAAGAAUGAAAAUGGCGUCCUGUCGUAGGGAUCGGUCAGAGCAACAAUCGCUUUUCUAAAAUUAUCGAUGAAUUUAUGCACCAUCAAUUCUUAUGCAACUCGAAACUAACUGAUACUAAGCCCAGAAAAUCAAUCUAGCAUCAUAUUUGUCUGGUCACUAGAGCCGAUGUCUAGAGAAAAUCGAUGCGACUACAAACGUACUAUGGGAGACACAUAGACCCGAGGAUUUACACAACGUCUCCAGUGCUGUGAAUUGUUUUGUUUAGUGUCGCGAUUCUGUGUUCCGUGUGCUUUUUGGGGGUGCCGGGCGACACGCAGUGGAAGCCGUCUCCGUUGGCUUUACUAUUCUGUAGGAGACCAGCACAGGGUAAUAUGUGCUGGAAUACGAGAUCGAUAAAAUAAAAUGGAAAAAAGUAGGCAUGGAAAACAUAGUAAAGAGAAGAGAAGAUCAAGUAAAAAGCACAAACGGGAAGAAAACGGAAACUCGCCGAAGCAGUCGCAUUUUGGUAGCUCCUCAAAGGCACUAGUAGAGUACUCUGACGUGAGUUCCGAAGAUCUCUCGGGCCCAGAAGCUGGAGAGAUCCAGAGUGAAGGAAGCAUCAUAUUAAGUGAUGAGGGUGAGCUGGCAUUGAAUGCGAUGCAUAGAAACAGCCAUCACUCUUCCCGAUCGUCCAGGUAUUACAUGCGAGAUGGAGGUGCAUUCUAUGGUAGGAAUCGCGCAGAAAUACAGCCGAUCACUAUCUCGCCGACACCCCCAACCCCGGUCGUCAGCCACAGGGAAAGGAAGCAUUCCGCUUCCUCAAGAUCCUCCAGGUCAAGUGAUCCUCGCCACCGUAGGAAAGUCGAAGUAUCCCCACAAGUAGAGUACCAACAAGUAAUCCCGACAUCCCCGACGUAUGACUACGAUUUGGAUCGAAAAAAGCGGAAGAAGAAGGAGAAGAAACAUAAGAAAGACAAGAAACUAAAAAAGAAGAAAAAGAAAUCUAAGCACAGGUCGAGAAGCUCUAGUGUGACUUCGGUGGAUUCCACGUCUCAAUCCUCGACAAUUCCGAGGCCGUCGACGCCCGCCGAGAAAGAGCCACUGUCUGACUGGGAGCCGAACGCUGAAAAUCUGAAAGAUGUUUCCAAGAUUGACCCCGAAGUUUGUUCGCCAGUGUCUAAUGAUUCUCACAUUGCAUCACCGGACAUCGAGCCUAAACCAAGGUCGCCAACGCCCCCACGACGUACGCCCCCGCGUCGCACCCCCAAUGCCUCGCGUCUCACGCACCAGAACAGAGACUCUCCCCACACCCCACCAAUUUCUCACAAAAUUAUCGAAGACACUAUAGUGAUAGAGGAAAAGGACGAUGAUCCUGUUCCCCCGGAAGCUGCCUACAAGGAUAGACACAGCAGGCAGUACAGCCCACCGCCGAGUUCACCUUAUAGGAACCCGAGCCCGGAAAUGCACCAGCAUCAUUAUUCCAGCCGAUCGACUUCACCAGGCCGUAAGCGCAGAGUGGAGGCUGUACCUCAUUCCAGAAGACACAGAAAGGAGAGAGUAAAACGACGACUAAGUCGGAGUCCGAAUAGGCGUCCUAGGAUGUCUCGUUCGCCGACACCGCCAUGGGGUAGAAAACACUAUUCAAAUCGUUCGCCUUCAAAUCGGCCAUCAAAACGGAUGAGAUCUAGAAGCCCAAAGACAACACGAGAAAGACCUUCACGUACCCCACCUAGGAGGGAUAGAAGAAGUCCGUCUCCGCAUUCGAUUAGAUCAUCCCAAUUGAAGAAUAAGAUUACGGAUACGAGUUUGUUUGCCGAAUUGGUCAAGGAUAAACAUAAGCGCGAACUGGAGCUUAAGAAGCUGGAAGAAAAGUUGGAGAGCAAACCGGCGGAGCAGACUGUGACAAGCCAACAGGUGAUCACCAUCGAAUCCUCCGACCAGGUUGACUCUAGCAUCCAACAGAUUGAUCUUACGGAUCCCGUACCUAUGGACAUCGAUAAUAUACCAAUACCGAUGGAGAAUGCAAUCGUUGAAAAUACGCCAGUUGUCAAGACCAAUGACAUCGCAUUGCCGCUACCAAACAACGGCACCAAAGCUCCGGAACUGCCAAUCGUAGCUCCGCCGCUUCCACCCCAACCAUUAGUUCCUAAAGACCCGCCAUCCGAAAUGACCAAUUCUAUAGCGAAAAAGACCAAAAGUAUCACUAAGCUGCCUAUGCCGCCGGGUAUCAAGCAGACUGAUUUGGAAGUGAUCGAAUCCCCUCCGAGCAGAUCGCCCAGUCCGUUAGCACCAGUCAAAGCGAAGACUCCACCCAGGAAAAGCAUUAUGAAUCUCCCAAUGCCCCCAGUGAUUCCUGGUACUGAAGAAUUGAGUGGAGAGGAUGACAUGCCAUCAACUCCACCGAGAGACGGAGUUUCAAAGAGAGGGCCGAAACCGAAACUCAAGAGACCAAAAAUUCUCAAGAGACGCGGUUCAAGGAGCAUCCAGGCUAACAUGAACAAGGAUUGGGGCGAGAGAUGUGUGGAUGUGUUUGAGAUGAUCAAUCAAAUAGGAGAAGGCACUUAUGGUCAGGUGUACAAAGCGCGUGAUGUUCAAGCUGAUAUCCUAGUAGCGUUGAAGAAGGUGCGACUCGAGAACGAGAAAGAGGGCUUUCCUAUCACGGCCGUCCGAGAGAUCAAAAUUUUGCGUCAACUCAACCACAAGAAUAUUGUUAAUCUGCGGGAAAUAGUUACGGAUAAACAAGAUGCUAUUGAUUUCAGAAAAGACAAAGGCUCAUUUUACCUCGUUUUCGAAUAUAUGGAUCAUGAUUUAAUGGGUCUCUUGGAAUCAGGAAUGGUUGACUUCAACGAAUUGAAUAACGCUUGUAUUAUGAGACAGCUUCUUGACGGACUCAACUAUUGCCACAAGAAAAACUUCUUGCAUCGUGAUAUAAAGUGUAGCAAUAUUUUAAUGAACAAUAAGGGUGAAGUGAAAUUGGCCGAUUUCGGAUUGGCCCGUUUGUACAACGCGGAGGACAGACAGAGGCCUUAUACAAAUAAAGUGAUAACAUUGUGGUAUCGCCCACCAGAAUUGUUGCUGGGCGAAGAACGGUACGGUCCAGCCAUCGACGUCUGGUCGUGUGGUUGCAUCUUAGGAGAAUUGUUUAUGAAGAAACCACUGUUUCAAGCGAAUGCUGAAAUGAUGCAAUUAGAGAUAAUUUCAAGACUGUGCGGAACGCCAACUCCGGCCGUAUGGCCUUCUGUGACGAAGCUUCCAUUGUUUCACACGUUGAAACCUAAGAAGUUGCAUCGCCGUCGGCUACGUGAGGAGUUCAUGAUGAUGCCAGGUCCUGCGCUAGAUUUGUUGGACAAGAUGCUGGAGUUGGAUCCGGAGAAGAGAAUAACGGCCGAGGAUGCCUUAAAGUCGGACUGGUUGAAGAACAUCAACCCUGAAAGGAUAUCUGCACCGGAGUUACCUACUUGGCAGGAUUGUCACGAACUGUGGAGUAAGAAGCGAAAGAGGCAGAUGAGGGAACAAGAGGCCAUGUCUACGGGACCUGUUGGAAAGUCUUCUCUGCUACAGAAGUCUAUAUACGGAAAGGGUGACGAAAACUCCGAGUUUGGGGGCUCUUCGAAAAGUUUGAAAAUGGAGGCGUACGACACGGCCGUUCUGUCGUACGCUCUGGCCACUGCGGCCAGCAAACUAAAGCCCGGACUGUUGGGACUCGCGCCUAACAUUCGGCCGGAGGACGUCUCUUUGACUCCGCCGACGAGGAUUGGAAACGAAGACGUACUCUUCAGAAUGCUGGUUUCUAUGGAGCAGUCCCUCCUGAACAGAAUCCCGGUGCAUCUGCCGCAGAUUCUGGAGAUGUGCACACUGAAGCAGGUGGACGCGCAGAUGGUGGUGCUGAUGGACGGUCUGCACCACGACCUCAGGCAGAUUUGCAAAUCGAAUCCUGGUAUGCAGUAUUUCCUAGUUCUGACUGAUAGUGAUGAUACCAAGGUGUGUGGGCUUUUGAAAAAGGACUCAGUGAUGAAACUGUUGUCCGACCUGUACCAGAAAUACAGCAUGGUGGACACUGCAAAUUUCAUAAGAUCCUACAUGGCCUAGUGAUUGAAGUGCCAAUGGACACACUCUUAUAUAAAUAUAAUUUAGGUACAUAUUUUUGAGUAUGCCAAUGAAGCAAAAUGUAUAUAAAAGAAAUUGAUCUACUACCCAUCCCAAAUUCCAUUUUGAGAGUACACUGUUUAUUGACCAAAUUAUAUUGUUUGCCCCCCCCGUAGAUUAAUUCCUGAAUAUGAACAUAAGUAUUUAAUAAAUGUAUUUUUUGCGAAACAGAAAGAUGGAUUA